GCUUCACUGCCUUCACUGUCGGUCGUGACAGUUGUUAAAGAGCAUUCGAACCUAAACAAAUAUUUGCCAAGAUGCUACAUCGAUCGGUCAGUCGAUUAAUACAAAGGCGUGGAGCGGAAUUUAAAUUUAUGAAACAAUCUUGCGCAACAAUCAGAAAUUCGCGAAGCUUUCACGUAAAUGUUAGCCCAGCGGAAAAGGCAAAGUGUGGCGUGGACGGUGGCGGUAGUAACUAUCCUGUGAUAGACCACUGCUAUGACGUGGUAAUAGUAGGAGCGGGAGGCGCAGGAUUAAGGGCGGCCUUUGGCCUUGGUAAAAAGGGAUAUCGUGUAGCGGUAGUAUCGAAAGUCUUCCCGGUCAGGUCGCAUACCGUGGCUGCUCAGGGUGGCAUAAACGCUGCUUUCGACCACGAGAAGAAAGACAAUUGGCUGUAUCACAUGUAUGACACUGUGAAGGGAUCUGACUGGCUGGGCGAUCAGGAUGCGAUACAUUUACUCACGAGGGAAGCGCCUCGAGCGGUCUGCGAACUCGAAAACUACGGUUGUCCAUUUAGUCGUACAGAAGACGGUAAGAUCUAUCAGCGUGCUUUUGGUGGCCAGUCGUUACAAUUUGGCAAAGGCGGACAAGCUAAGCGAACCUGUGCCGUUGCUGAUCGUACUGGCCACGCGGUGCUUCACACUCUUUAUGGCCAGAGUCUUCGUUACGACGUGCACUAUUUCAUCGAGUAUUUCGCUCUCGAUCUGUUGAUGCACGGACGAUGCUGCAAAGGGAUUCUGGCUUGGGAAUUGGAGACCGGACUUCUGCACCGAUUCAGAGCUCACCAUACAGUGAUUGCAACAGGUGGUGCCGGAAGAUGUUACCUCUCCUGCACCGCGGCGCUCCAAUGCACCGGCGACGGCAUGGCGAUUGCGUGUCGAGCGGGAUUGCCAUUACAGGAUAUGGAGUUCGUUCAAUUUCAUCCGACCGGCAUUUACGGAAGUGGCAUACUCGUAACCGAAGGCAGCCGAGGAGAAGGCGGCAGACUCGUCAACUCCUUGGGCGAGUUCUUCAUGGAGAAGUACGCGCCUGUAGCUAAGGAUCUGGCCUCCCGCGACGUCGUGUCGAGAGCUAUGACUAUCGAAAUUCUGGAAGGAAGGGGCGUGGGUGAAAAGAAGGAUCACAUUUAUUUGCAAUUGAGUCAUCUGCCGGCCGAGGUGAUACACGAGAGGCUGCCUGGAAUCUCGCACCUCGUCUGGGUGUUCACCGGCGUGGACGUGACGAAGGAUCCGAUCCCCGUGAUUCCCACGGUGCAUUAUAACAUGGGCGGCGUACCUACGAAUUGGCGUGCCCAAGUAUUAACGCGAGAAAACGAGGAGGACAGACCGAUCGAAGGCCUCUGGGCAGCCGGCGAGACCGCUUGUGCGUCCGUUCACGGUGCUAAUCGCCUGGGCGCUAACAGUCUCCUGGAAAUCGUGGUCUUCGGCAAAGUCAUCGCCGACCAGAUCGACUGUAUCGCCAGACCCGGCGAGCGUCACGAGGAUCUGUCGUCAGACAUCGGCGAGCAGUCGAUUUGUCGGUUCGACGCGACCCGUUAUGCGAAAGGCUGCGUUCCCGUCGCCGAACUGCGCGGAGAGAUGCAACGUACGAUGCAGAAAUACUGCGGGGUAUUCAGGACUUGUGACAUUUUGCAGCGCGCCUGCAGGGAGAUGUCCCGUCUCUACACUUGCGACCUGCCAGAUUUAUGCGUGCAAGAUCAAUCCCUCAUUUGGAACACCGAGCUCGUCGAGGCCUUGGAGCUACAAAAUAUGAUGCUCGUCUGCAUGCACACCGUGUACGGGGCCGAAAAUCGAAAGGAGUCGAGAGGCUCGCACGCCAGGGAAGAUUUUAAGGACAGAGUUGACGAGUAUGAUUAUACGAAACCGCUCGAGGGACAGAAGAAACGACCUUACACGGAACACUGGCGUAAACAUACGCUUACGUGGGCUCAGGAUGACGGAACGAUUUUCAUCUCUUAUCGGCCUGUUAUCGAUACGACUCUAGACGAAACCGAGGCCCAGCAUGUGCCCCCUGCGAUUCGCGCGUAUUGACCCAAGAAAUGAGUAAUCGCCGGCGGUCGGAUAAUUGAAACGUAACGGAAGCGACGCGAUUGUGAAUCUAAGUCGGACUGUCGCGUUAUCGUGUAAUUCCAUGUUUUUGAACAAAAUCCGCAAGUUAGAUACCAUCAGAAAUCAGAGAAAAUCGUCAAAAAUUGUUUCAUCCUUGAAAAAUAUUGCUUUUAAAUAUUACUCCUUUUCGGAUACUUUGUAUAUGUCUCGCACACGUCAAUCGUAGCUUAUUAACAGAAAUAUUAUCAUGCCCACGUCAAUUAAUUUGCAACAGAGAGACAUUAAAUAAGUGGCGUUGCGUUUCCUAUAAGGCAAUUUUAGAAAAUAUUUCUUCAAACGAUUCGUUCGCCGGAGGCGAUGUGAUAGAGAAAUUAUGUAAGAAUAUAGUGAUGAAACUUCGUAAUCGACUCAUUUUCUUUUGUUUUUAUAUGCGAAGGGGACAUCGAUCAUGGUUCAGUGUUUCAGCAAUGUCAUUACAUCCGUAACUUAGUUUCGUAAGAGAUAAAUCGUUAAUUAUACCUUCGCUGAUAACUUAUAAUUACGACAUCGCGCUGAUAAAUACUCAAUAAAAUUUUUACGGAGGACAUAA